UCACCUAUUCCGGUUAACAUCAGCAAUACAUAGAUACAUACAGCUUGAUUAACCUCCAAUCCGCCUGUGGAUCGGGAUCUCAAACACCUAUUCGAUCUCAAUCACAAUCGUUUAUACAGAUAGUAUGGGAUCAGACAACUGGAAUUGGCAUUCGGAUUUCGAUUAUGACCGAUGGGUUAAACUACCGGUGCCUGGACCACAUCCUUUAGCUCGUUAUAAGCAUGGUGCAGUUGUUGUCGAUGAAAAGCUGUACAUUGUUGGUGGAAGUCGUAAUGGGAGAUACUUAUCGGAUGUUCAGGCACUUGAUCUGAGAAAUUUAAGUUGGUCGACAGUUAAGUUAAAAAGUCAGUCAGAGAGUGAUAAUGUUAAAGAUGGUAGAUCAUUGGAAGUAUUCCCGGCUACAUCUGGUCAUAGUAUGGUCAAGUGGGGAAACAAGCUUCUCCUCCUUGGUGGUCACUCAAAGGAUACCCGGGAAACUGUGACAGUGCAUUUCAUUGAUCUCGAGUCACUCGUGAGUGGGGUAAUGGAUGCCACAGGAAAAAUUCCGGUAGCUCGUGGUGGGCAAUCUGUGACAUUGGUUGGUUCGAAAAUUAUAAUGUUUGGGGGAGAGGACAAACAUAGACGUCUUCUGAAUGAUGUUAAUGUCCUUGAUCUGGAGACAAUGACUUGGAAUGUUGCUGAGACUAAGCAGACUCCAGCUCCUAGAUUUGAUCAUACUGCUGCAGUGCAUGUGGAUCGCUACCUUCAAAUAUAUGGUGGCUGUUCUCAUUCAACUUUCUUUAAUGAUCUGCACGUGCUGGAUUUGGAGAUGUUAGAAUGGUCCCAACCACAGAUUCAAGGUAAUUUGGUGCCCCCCAGGGCAGGUCAUGGUGGAGUCUGUAUCGAUGAUAAGUGGUUUAUAGUUGGCGGCGGAGAUAAUAAAAGCGGUGCUUUAGAGACAUUGGUGCUGGAUAUGUCUACACUUGUGUUGUCAGUCUUGACGAAUGUAGAACGAAAAGAUCCACUUGCCAGUGAGGGGCUUACCAUAUCAUCAGCAUUAGUAGAUGGUGAACAGUUUUUGGUUGCUUUUGGUGGCUACAACGGAAACUACAACAAUGAGGUUUAUGUGAUGAAGCCCAAACCAAAGGAUUUAAAACAUCCAAAGAUCUUUAAAUCAUCAGCAGCUGCAGCAGCAGCAGCUUCCGUGACCGCUGCAUAUGCCCUAGCUAAAUCUGAAAGCUUAGAUUUUCCAGCCAUCGAAAGUUCAAAACCUAAGGUGGAUCUCUCAGUCGAAGUUAGUGCUCUCAAAGAAGAGAAAAAGGCAUUGGAAUCAUCCAUCGCCUGGGUCAAAGCAGAAAAGUCAACUGUGAAGACAAAACUUGAUGAAUACCACGAAACUCAUGCUGACUUAUUGAAGGAACUGCAUUCGGUUCAAGGUCAAUUAGCUGCUGAGAAAUCUAGAUGUUCUAGUCUGGAGGCACAAAUUUCGGAUCUUCAAACGAGGCUAUCCUCAAUGGAAUCCUUAGAGCAAAAGGUACAAGCAUUGCGCUCGCAAAAAUCUGCACCAGAGCAUGAUACUUCUGCCAAGAGACAAAGUUCAGGUGGAGCUUGGAGGUGGAUGGCUCCUUAAAGUGGAGGAGUUCAGGAGACCUUCCAAACUUACAAGCUUAUUACCUAAAUUAUAGUCCGAACACAGAAGAGCUUGAACUUUUUGGUCAGCUCAAUUGUAGCAAUGUAUAUCAUUAAUUUUUAAGUGAGCUCAGACUGUCAACCUUUAGCAAGAGAAGCAUUAUUGAAUGUCUGUUGAACAA